UAAGCUUGUAGGAUAGGAGCCGGGACUUGUGUAUGCGGUCCAUACAACUAAAGAAAUACGUGAAGGGCUGGGAAGAAGUGGAGAAGUGGAAUGAAGAGGUUCGAUCUGGGUUCUGUGCUACCCAGAGAGUUCGUUUAAAUGAGUCAACCUCAAUAUGGGCGCAAUGACGGCCGAUCACCGGCUAUGGCAGGAUCUGUUAGAAGAGCGAGGGAGAUGGCCGAAGCAAGCAUGGCAAGGGGAAAUCCAGACGUUCCGUCUACAAGACGGGCUCAGGUGCCUCCAGGACUACAACUCAGGGAUGAGCAAGGGCAGAUAGGAAUGGCGAUAUCGAGACCGACACCGCUGCCUCAGUGGCCGCUUCCCGGACCCGUUUCGCUACCGUCACCUAGUGAUUCAGAGCCAUAUCGACCGCCACCUGGGAGAUCGCAGCCGCCCCAACGUCCUCCACGCCCGAGCAAAGUACCAUCAAUUUUAGAUGGUUCUCGUAUUCAGGAGCACACGCCUAUUUUCCAAUACACGCCCCGGAACGCUAGAGCGUCGGAGAUGUCUGCACCCGAGACAAUACAAAGCGAAUCAUCGAGACUGUCGACCGUCUCCUCAGUCGGAACGAUUCCCGAUUUCCCAUUGCCAGUAGCGGCAGUCUCGCUACCCCCCUCUAGGCGAAGUGCGAAUUUAGGUCCGCCGCCAUCUUCAAGGAGAGGAGCCUCGUCAUUUUACUCUACUAUAUCGUAUGUAUCGCCGAUACCAGAAGAAAGCCCCAGAACACGAUCGCGUACUUCCUAUGCGUCUAGCGCGGCUAUACCGCAAAGCUUCGAAAGCCUGUCGCCAGGAUAUAGCCCCACAUAUAGUCCAGUCGCGCCCUCUAUUAACGAUACGAUAGCGGAAGAAUCUUUCAUUAGUGACGACGCGGACGAGAGUAGUCUGGUACGGAGUGCAAGCAUCGGAAAGAGAGGAAAGCCAUCUUUGGUAACCACGGGAAGCUUUGAAAAGAGGGAAUCGAUGCCAAGACCCGGACCAACGCCGCUCCAGGGCGGGCCGUUUCGAGACGGCACUGGGUAUAUUGAGGGCUCGUCGAGUUCGUCUGCAAAUAUCUCUGGGGAGAGUGUCGGUGCUGCUGUGACUGCGAAUAAUAUGUUGAAUGCCUUUGAAGGUGCUAGCGCCACAGACCCUUCGUCAGUACGGAAUGCUGUUCCAUCGCCGAGACCAUAUAAUAGACUCUCCGCAAUUCGACGACCGCCACGUCUUGACAUAGAUGCAGUAAGGGCAGCCGAGGCUAGAGGGAGCUUGACAAGCUUACCGGAUCUAAUUCGACGGGCGACGAGGUUAGCAUCGCUAAUGGAUAGAGGCCGUAGACCAGCGAGCCGUUUUGACGAUCUCGACUUUCCCGAGGAUAUCUAUGGCAGUGAUCCUGAGAAGGACCUUUAUAACAAUAAGCACCAGUCCGGACUGUCUGAUAUGUUGGCUGCAUUUCCGCCCCCAGCAAGUCGAAGUGGAGUGCGGAAGAGUAGACUCUCUACUGCUUGGCCAUUAGGCCGAACGUCAUUCCGCGGUCCACCACCGCCAGCACUAGAACAAGGUACCGAUUCUGAACUCGAACCGCAGAAGAAGGGGCGCCGUUUUUAUUGCGGGUUACCUAUAUGGACUUGCUUCGCAUUGGUAAUUAUUUUAUUAUGCAUUAUAGCCGCUGCAGUUAUCGUUCCUGUCAAAUUUCUGGUUCUUGAUAAGGCGGCCGAAAAGACUACGGCGCAACCAGCUAUUUCAGAUUGCGAGGCGCAGCUAAAUUGUGCUAAUGGGGGCACAAAUGUUAUUGUACAGGGUGUCUGCUCGUGCAUCUGUUCCAAUGGUUUCACCGGGGUGGACUGCACAGUUCCCACUUCCCAGGGUUGUACAACAACGUCGAUUAGUAUGGGAGGCUCUGAUAUCAAUAAUGUGACUAUCGGCCAGGCAAUUCCUCGCCUGAUCAGAGAUGCGGAGAGCAAUUUUUCUGUUCCUCUUGUUGCAACAUUGAUACAGUCCAAGUUCAACAAGGAAAGCCUUUCCUGCAACACGGAAAAUUCACUGGUAACCUUCAACGGGCAAUCUUUUCGAACACAAGGGGCGAAGGCCGAAGUCGCCGACUUUAGUUCUAGUCCCGAUCUUGCGCAAGCUGCUGUAGCUGCCGACGGUGUCAUUACUCUUAGCGUUUUGCCGGACGUUGAUAUUACGUUGACAGUUGAAAAUCCGGCAGGGACUGGUGCUUUUUCGGGAAGUUUUUCGGUGACUACUUUGACUGGUCCGAAUACGAUUUCCGGAUCUACUCUAUUCGCUACCACUAUAACACCCAGCAGCACCAAGCGAUCCUCACCUACCCCGUACCCUACGAUCGCCACAACAACGAUUACCACACCAACUACUUCUCCUGCAACCGCGAUUUCAAGCAGUACGAAGUCGGCCCCCAUGCCAAGUUCAACUUUUGUUGUUACGGAAGAGGUCAUCGACUUUGCGCGCGUAGCUGUGCUAUACAUUUUCCAAGAAAAAACAUUACCUGAUGCAAUUACUGCUCAGUCCUCAGUUCAAAGCUUUUUCACUGACGUAGACGCCAGUCGAAACACACCUUCAUCUGUGAUGGUGGAGCAAGGACUGAAUGUUACCGUUGGCGGAGGGAGCACGAUUGAUUUCGUGAAUCUAUCUGUCGAUAUUGGCAAAGGACGAGUUGGGGGUCGUAAGACCUGAAAUGUUUUCGCCGACGAAAGCUACGCGUAUACGUCUUGAACGAUGUUCUAGCCAGUCGAGUAAUAAUACCAAGC